AUGUCUGACGCUGAUGUAAAACCCGGAUCAGGCGGCAGCAUGAAUUUGCUCACCUUGGCUGUUCCGGAUUUUAUGGCACACAAGCCCAACGUCUGGUUCGCCAUUUUUGAGAUAGAGUUAGAAAACAGAGGGAUCUCUUCCGACCAAGCUAAAUACAACCAACUCGUCCCACGCCUUCCGCAACAGGUGGUGACGUUGGUCGAAGACGUACUGCUUCAUCCACCUAAAGACGGAGCCGAAGUGAGCGUUAUCCCUGCCAGCGCGCAUGACCAGCAUACAAAGCCCACGUACAAUUUACGGGCAGCCAACGGCUCGCCGAUAGCUUCAUACGGUCAGCGCAUGAUGAACCUAGAUUUAAAUCUCCGCAGAGACUUUCACUGGGUUUUCACGGUUGCGUCAGCACCUUUUGCAAUUAUCGGCAUCGAUUUUCUUCGCCAUUUCGGAUUGCUUGUCGACGCGGGUCGCAACAGAAUUUUAGAUGAUCAUACGAAACUAAGGGUUGAUGGUGUCCUUUCAGAUGCCCCGAUAAUCAUCCCUGUAUUUCGGAUCGCAGACGCACCGUCCGACUACUUGAGCCUCCUCUCCGAACACCCGCGACUGGUUCGACCGGCUGCAGAGCUUCCACCAGUCACGACAGAGGUCGCUUACCACAUAGUUACGCGCGGUCAACCAGUUAACGCACGACCAAGACGGCUUGCUCCAGACAAACUACGGGCAGCACGAGCCGAAUUUGACCACAUGCUUCAACUUGGUAUCGUCAGACCGUCCAACAGCCCCUGGGCGUCGUCUCUGCACAUGGUCCCGAAGAAGAUUGUGGGGUACUGGCGUCCUUGCGGCGACUAUCGAUCCUUGAAUACGGUGACCACGCCCGAUCGCUAUCUGAUACCACACAUAGUGGAUCUCACCGCCAGUCUGGCGGGUAAAAGCGUCGUGCCACUGCAAGAUAAAAUUCAAGCCAUUAUCGACUACCCCGAGCCUCAUUCUUUCAAACAGCUCAGGCGUUUUGAUGGGAUUGUCAACUUUUACCGCCGAUUUAUACCCAACUGCGCCUCUCUGAUGCAACCCCUCACGGACCUUAUCCGAGGGAAACUAAAGACGUCCGAAUUUCCUACCGCAGCACGCGCUGCUUCUAAGUCGCUGAAAGAGGCUAUCGCCAACAUAGCUUCCAUAGCGCAUCAAGAUCCGACCGCCCCACUGUCCCUUAGUACUGACGCCUCGGACGUCGCGGUCGGCGCUGUUUUGCAGCAACGCGUAGCCGACACGUGGCAGCCCUUAGCGUUUUUCUCCAAACGCCUACAACCUACCGAAUCUCGCUACAGCACGUUCGGUAGAGAACUACUAGCAGUGUAUCUAGCGAUACGUCACCUUCGACACAUCUUAGGAGGCCGCUCCUUUGCCGUCUUCACCGACCACAAAGCCCUAACUUACGUGCUCGGCUCGACUACCGACCGAUACUCUCCUAGAGAGUCGCGCCACCUUGGCUAUAUCGCUCAGUUUACGACCGAUAUACGGCAUGUCUCAGGUGUGCACAACGCCGUCGCCGAUGCACUUUCCCGCACUCAAGCUAUUUCCGCUGACGCCGGCACUGCUAUCGACUUGGCAGCCAUGGCCACAGCAUAA